AUGAGUUUGACUCCAUCUUUGAUACGGAACAUAUAGGUGGAUUUUGAAACCAGCAUAGCUGAGAACCGCUUCACGAUCAAACCUGAUGUGGACCCAGCAAUCGAUGACAAGAAGAGGAGGAUGAUGGGAUUGUCCGACUUCCUGACAGAUGUGGCCAGAAGAGAGCUGGAACAUCUGGACGCUCGCAUUCCCUCCUGCUGCGUCAUCUACAUCCCUCUGAUUGGAUUCCUGCUGUCUGUCCCUCGCCUGCCCAGCAUGGCGGAGAAGGAGGAUUUUGAGAUAGAGGGGCUUGAUUUUAUGUUCCUGUCAGAGGACCGUCUACACUACCGCAGUCAGAGAACCAAGGAGCUAGACGACCUCCUAGGAGACUUGCACUGUGACAUCAGAGACAUGGAGACGGCAGUAAUGACACAGUUGCAGAACGCAGUCCUCGAGAGGAGCGCCUCCCUUUACAAGGUUCUGGAUCUCACUGCUGAGCUGGACUGUCUGAUGGCCCUGAGCAGCGCCUCCCAGGAGUACGGCUACACCUCGCCCAAACUGUCCAGCCACAGGAAGGUCUCCAUCACACAGGGCAGACACCCGCUGUUAGAGUUGUGCUCUCCUGUGUUUGUGGCCAACUCCUUCCAGAGCUCAGAGUCACACAGCAGAGUGAAGGUCAUCACUGGCCCCAACUCAUCGGGCAAGAGCAUCUACCUCAAACAGGUUGGUCUGAUUGUGUUCAUGGCUCUGAUUGGCUCAGACGUACCCGCGAAGGAGGCGGACAUUGGUCUGCUGGAUGGGAUUUUUACCCGCAUGCAGAGCAGAGAGUCUGUGUCUGUUGGCCUCAGCACCUUCAUGAUAGACCUUAACCAGAUGGCCCAUGCAAUCAACAGCAGUACUGGCAACUCGUUAGUUCUCAUCGAUGAAUUUGGGAAAGGAACUAACACAGUGGAUGGACUGUCCUUGCUGGCUGCAUCCAUCUCUCACUGGCUGAGAAAACCUCUGGGGGAAGUUCCUCAUGUCCUGCUGGCCACUAAUUUCCACAGUUUGCUGCAGCUGGGCCUGCUUCCCUCCUCUGGCCUGCUCUCUCUUCUGUGUCUCCCCUAA